UGGGUUCCCAUGGAAUGUCUACUGAUUCUAGAAAAGAUAAGCAUUAGUCCAACUUCAGACGACGCCGACGAUGAAGGUUCUAGCACUCGUCAGUGAAAUUUAGAGAAAGCAAGGAGGGACACGAGGGUUAUCUUCCAGCAAAGACUUCUUUCUACUGUGAUUCAUAAUUCGUUUGCUUCUCUUGAUGAAGAUGUGAAAAUUUACUUUAAAAAGUCUUGUGGUGUGUGUUACCUGAAGUGGAUUUAUCGUCUGAUUCUCUCGCUGCUCUUGCAAUUAGCUUGGCUUGGCUAAGGGUGAGGUCAGCCCUAGACAUUAGCAGCUGAGAUUUUGUUUCGAUGUCAGUGACGAUGUUGAGGUACCACGAGGCAGAAAUGCGAUUGAACAUCGCAGGUGAAAUCAAUGCCAACAUGCAAAAGCUUUCAAAAUCCGUUGCCAUCAGUGCAGUCCAUGGCGAUACCGGAUGCAGGCUCGUGCUACUCGUGCUGACAACUGAUGCAAUGACAAAUCCAAAGAAGACAUGGACUCUGGUGCUUUUAUUAACCAGUAUAACACUACAAACUGCACUAAACUUUAAAAAUUACUCAUUUGAUACCACUCACAAUUGACGAUUUUAAUCUGUAAAAACUAUUUUUUAAAAAUUAUACCAUAGAAGUAUGGCGAUUGGAUUGUUCAAGAGAAUAUAAGAAUUAUUAGACUGCUGAUAUUCAUAAAGUAUUUCGGUAAUUCACAUGAGGAUUUUCAUAUGCGGAUUUUCAGCUGAAUGGUGGAUUUGACUCUUUCCUGUCGACGAAUAAUAUAAAAAAUUGAUAAAAUCUUGGGAACUGCAAUUUUGGUGUGUCCAAAUUAUUCAGAGGCACCUGACCAUGUCGUACAGCGAUUAAUCCCAAGGUUCAGACAGCUGGGACAGAAACUGUUUGACAUUUGGUGUGAAGCGGGUGGCAAUGGACCACGAUUUGUGAUUCCAUUUGCUCCCACAUAAAGACUUGAACUUUGCCAUCCUCUGCUCACUCAGCUGAGGUCCAUUAAAAAUGUAUACGCCUAAACUCACACAGGACUCACAUAAACAUUUUGAGUUAGGUGCAGUGAACCAUGCUUCCUCCUGCUCUCAUGAAUGCUGCUGCGGUCAGUGUAAAGGACGCGACCCUGAGAAGUGAGUAUCAGAGUUCGAGAAGAAACUGGAAACUUAACAUUAUUCUAGUCAUUAAAACUGACUCUACAUAAUGAUGAGUCAAUAUGAAGAUCGAGAAGCAACUCACUUCUGUUAACGAUGUUCAAGUUAAUAAACUCAAUCGUCAGUACCAAAGGUCAUGGUGAUAGAACAUCACUUCUUCAACUGUUCUAGUCAGUGUAGCAAACUCCGCCAUAAUGACAUUAUCUUGUUGAAAUCGUUGUACUUGGCACCAAUAUAUCAAUAUUCAACUCGAUGAUAAAAGGAAAAAAAGAAACUUAGACCUGUAACUCCCACGGACAUAAGUCGAGAUCAGUGGUGAGAGUCAGACGGACAUAACGAUGAGUCAGUUUGAGUGGUCGAGACGCAACUCGCGUCGAACAUCAUCGAGACGUCGACGAGGUCGUCGGUCAGAAAGGAACUCGUCGUCUCAUGGAAUGGGCAUGUCAGAUGACCAUGAUGAGAUCCUGCGAAUGUACGACGACGAAGGUGAGGAGUGUGACGAGGACGAGGACAUGGACGAGGAAAGUUUGCUGGAGAGGAUACAGGAUCAGAAGGACAUCGUGGAGAACAUUAAGCUCCAGCCGUGGCCCAUGCACAAGAAACUGCAGAUUCUGAGUUUGGCCCGAGCUUAUAUCGAGAAGCAUGAAGGCAGCUUGUCCAGAGGUCAGAGCUAUCAAAAAAGAGGUAAACAGCUACUGAAGCAAUUCAGAAGGUCGUGGAACAAUUUCGUCUGCUGGGUGACCCCGUGGGAAAUGCGAAUCAAGCGAAUUGAAAGUCACUUCGGGUCGGUAGUGACGUCAUACUUCGUCUUUCUCCGUUGGCUGGUGUGGAUCAACAUCUGGUUGACCUUGAUACAGGUGUGCUUUGUCAUCAUACCUGAGCUGCUGUCGGGGACAAGUACGGGACGACAGAGAGGAAAUCCAUCCCUGAGGACGAACAGAGGCAUUGCACGAUAUUCACCAUUGUUCUAUGGUUACUAUGGCAACGCUGAGGUCAUCGGUCAAGGAUACCGGUUACCCUUGGCUUACAUGGUAACAACGCUGUUAGCCUUUGCCUACAGCUUCAUCGCCGUCCUUCAGAAGAUGGCAAGCAACGCUCGACAGAGCCGCAUGUCAAACAAAGACGAGGAAUUUGUCUUCACCUGGAAGCUUUUCACGGACUGGGAUUUCAUGGUGGGAAACACAGAGACAGCCACCACCAAGCAUGCCUCCAUCAUCACCACAUUCAAAGAAGCUAUCAUGGAAGAACAAGAAAAGGCAAGAGAGGGUAACAAGUACGUGCUGAUUACGGUGCGAGUUCUGGCCAACGUGCUCAUCGCGGUGCUCCUGGGACUAAGCACCUACGUCAUUCAGGUGUGUGUCGACCGAUCUCGCAGACUGGACCUGGUCAAGCAGGCCAACAAGUCCUACGACGCCGGUUUCUGGGCAGAGAACGAGCUGACGAUCGUGUUGACGCUCAUCACUACGGUCUUUCCUGCUAUCGUGGAUAUCGUCGCAGUGGCAGAGAAUACCACCCACGCACAAACCUUCGUAUGCAGCUGGAUUUUUCUUCUAAACCUUCUCAACAUGUACACGUUUUUCAUCGCUCUCUACUACAAGCAGAACGACCUGAAAUCCUCGUCGACAUCUUCAGCUUCAUUGGCAUCACAGUUCACCAACACUUCCUGUGACGGUACUACAGAGGCUGCCAAUACCUCCAUCAUGGCAAUAGCAACGACCGUUACUGUACCUUACAUGGAGGCGACUGUCGGUGGUGGUGGUGAAACUGUGACCUACGGGAACAUGACUGUGUGCCCGACACCAGCGACGACAACGGCUAAUGGAUCCAGUUUCUGCUGGGAGACUAUGAUUGGUCAGGAGGUCGUCAAGCUCACUGUCAUGGAUACAGUGACCAUGGUGGUCCAGAUCGUCAUCGCCGAAAUCUUCCGAAGCUACUUCAUCAAGUACUGCAACAACAUCUGCUGCUGGGAUCUGGAGAAGACCUUCCCGGAGUAUCCAGAUUUCAAAACGGCUGAAAAUCUUUUGGCUCUAAUCACUAACCAGGGGAUGAUAUGUUACAAAUCUGCUGGGCUUGUUUUUCUCCCCGGGCUGACCCUGCUGAACUUGCUGAAGCUGCUGCUGCUGAUGUACGUGCGUUGCUGGGCGACCCUCGUCAGCAACGUCCCCGAGGAGCGCAUCUUUCGGGCCUCGAGGUCCAACAACUUCUACUUUGCCCUUCUUCUGGUCAUGCUCUUCCUGUGCAUGUUGCCUCCCUUGUUUGCCAUUGUCACCAUCGAGCCCUCCCCUCGCUGCGGACCGUUCAGUGGUUACCAGAAAAGUUACUAUGUGCUGACUCGCACUAUGGAGACCCUCCUACCCGCUAGCAUCAACUCGGCACUGCAAUACGCAUCACCUGGAGUCAUCAUUCCUGUCUUUAUGUUACUCGGGAUGACCAUCUACUACCUGGUGUCCACGAGCCGCUCUCUCCGCGAGGCCAACAACGAGCUGAAGAUGAUGCUGGAAUACGAACGGACAGAGGGGCGGAGGAAAGUAUACGCAAUGGCUGACGCUAAACAAGGAAUAGCAACCACUGGAAAAGAAAGUGGCGGCAAUACAAGCAAAUUCGCUUCAACUGCGUCGUCAGUGCUUAAAAUGGCUCAGAUGGCUAAGAUCAUCACAAACAUGACACCAGGCCAAAAAAACAGCAAAUCAGCGAAGGGUGACGCUAGCAGACACAAGGUGGCGCCGGCUGUCCGCCCCAAACCACAGGUGCCGGUUGCCGUGGUGCAUGGCAAGAGAUCACUUAAACGGGUGGCAGCCGCGGCCGCAAUUAGCAAGUUUCAGCAUAGAGCGCCACAGGAACCAGAAAGGGUUGUACAGCGACGACUUCCGGAACGAAGCCAAGCAGUUCCUAGUGGUGUGCGACGUCCUGCUGUAGUCUCACUGGAUAAUGACGACGGGUCUGGCGACGAGGACAUGUCCGUCUAUUCCUGCGUCUCCUCUGAUAAUUCGGGUGUUUUCAUCGACGACCCGACUGCUGCUGUCGAUGCCAGCGGUCAUCUUCGGCCAGUAGAAGAAGACGACGUUUUCUUAGCGACACAAUCCAGCAUCAGCGAAGACGAACAACAAGAACAAGGCACUGACGACAUCAAUGACGAUCAUAAUGAUGAGGUGGAGAGGACUGAAGGCACACGCAGCAAAAAAAAAGCAAAGCUCAAGUCUGGUCUGCUCCUAUCGGCAGCCACCCUUUCAAGUAGGACAAACUCACAGCAAGACACUCAAUUAGCGCCCUCUCCAGUCAAGGGCACAGCACGCCAUUGGUCUCGACACAAAGUUCAACCCGAGUCGCUUCCAAACAUCACCGUGGUUGACUUUGGCGAAGAAGAUUCGCGGUUACGUUUGGCGGAAGCGGAUCUGGAGCAGCCGGAGGUGACGAACGACCAACGUUAUGUUGAGCCAGUGGUUGUCGUGGAGAACGAAAGCGAUAAGACUUCCUCAGCUCGCACCAAGAGACCAGACUUAGCAGCAGCAGGCAGAAAGUCGCGAAUUCUUACUCGAGCUGCUGCAAAGACAACGAAAGGAAGUCGAGGAGAUAUCCCUGUCGUGUCCGGUGGCAAGAAGCUGUCAAACGUGGUCUCUGCGAUGAAAGGUGAAGCAUCUUCUCACACAGCCCCUGAAGACACCAGCAAGGACACAGACAGGCAAUCUUCGAAACGAAAAUUUGCCAGCGCUCUGGCGCGAUUCCAGAGCAUCGAACAAACAACAUGAAGCUUGUCUGAGUUUUCCUCUCACAUACAUCAGUUCUGAGUGUCCAUCUCAUGGGCUUAACGAGGCAUGACUGCUGACUAACUACGGCUUUAAGACUUGUAAAAGCAAACAGCUGGACAUAAAACACAGAGCUUAUUUUACACAAAGUUUUAUGAAGUUCUCUCGAAGAGCAAACAAACAAAACUUUAAAAAGAAGUGGAUCUAAUCUCGAUUAUUUUAAUUUGAAGGUAACGGUAAGAAACAUACACAAAUAUUUUUGUCUCUUGUUCUGAAAUAAAAGUGUAAUCCGUACAAGACUUGCUUUGGUUUUUAUUUCAUUCCGCUACAGUGGGAGACUUGGGCAAGGUGCUAGCUAGGCUAUGACACAUUCAGUUAACAUGCCAUUCAGUUAAUAGCCAUUCAGCAAUCUUACAGGGGUAUACUUUACCAGGUAUCAACUAUGAACUGUGGUUGCAGUCACCAGGCAAUG